AUGGCUGUUAUUCAAUUUCUGUCCACCGAACUGGAGAGUUCAGAAUGGGAAAAUGCAGACCUGCUGAACGGGUUUGUAACUCUCCUUGACGCAGAGAACAAAAUAUUCUCUGUUACCGAGCUGGAUUGGUUUGCUAAAGCAAGCUAUAACCUUGCUUUGAAAUUGCCCAAGUCAGCUCGCCUUGAGCAAGUCAUACGCCUAUUAGAUCUUUCCACACAGUUUGCAGAUAAAUGUCACCACCAGUCAGACCCCCAAAACGAGUUUAGCAUAUCUCAGCAUGAUCUCCUCUGCGAAUUUCUCAAAAUUGUCAGAAUUUCAGGAGAGACUCGCAAUGAGACCAACAUCACUGAGAAGACCGAGACAAGCAGCAUAGAAGCCCAACAUCAAGAAUGGCUCUCGAAAUACCGGAUCAUCCUAGCCCUCGACUUCGAGGCAUCUAUCUUCAUAAAUGACUGGACCACCGUCUCCAACAUCGUCGAAGAAUCAAGCGCAAUCAUAGACGAAAACCUCGGCUCAAUAUUCCUAGAUUGCGUUCUUCGCUCUGAAGCCCCAAUUACAGACGUCGUACGGACCGUCAAGGAGCUAAUCCGCACCCUGCACGGCUCUCCAUCUCCCUAUCUAAACAACGCCCAGUUUUGCCAAACCCUACCCCGAUACCUCCGCUGUCUAUUCCAGCUCUCACUCGAUGCAACAGACUACCACCUUGCAGAAUCCGUUCUCGAUCAAGCCCUGGUCCUCGCCCGCGAAAGACGUACCGAACCCAGUCAGUCACCAUAUCCAAGCGAUGAGAUCCAAUGGUUGUCAACAGUUGCUUUCAAUCGAGCAGUAGAUUUCUAUCUCACAUCCGCGGAUGCAGAUUGUCAGCGAUGGGCUGACAAGGCGAUCACGCUUGCCGACCAGGACAAUUGCGACACCUUGGGCCGGCUAUUACGCGAGAAACUCGAAACAUUAGCCUGACAGACCUUGACAAGAGAUGAAAAUCAUCAACACCUACGAUUUUCGUCUAGAACCUAUCCCUAUCCCGCUGCUCAUGGUCAUCUGUAUCUUCAUCCACCAUUUUCAGCGCCUCCUCGGCAUCCUCAAUCGCCACCAAAGCACGUUGAAUUUUCCGCUUGGCCGAUUUGAGAAUCCGAAUCGAUUGUCAAAAUAGCAUCAUCUCCUAACACCUGAUCAGUUCUUAAAGAAAAAAAAAAUAAAAUAAAAUUUACUCCGCC